AUGGAUUGUGUGCUCAAAGCCAACCACUCGGAUGUCAAUCACUUAUUUGUAUCAAUUGGUUGUCUCAAAGACACCAACUGUGAUGACAACUACUGCUGCGAAUCAAUUGAACGCCUAAUAAAUGCAUUUGUGUGGUUGACUGCAGUGGCCUUUGUGUCAAAUGUCAUAUACUAUGUCAUAGUCUAUAAGAUGCCAUCCCUUUGGAGGUCGAGUUUCUCUUACGGGGAACUGUUUAUCGUUAGCCACUGUUGUGUGGCAUUUGUGUCCACUUCGGGGGCCUGUGUUGUCACCAAACUAUUCAAUCCAUCCCUUAGUUACAUGUUUUGCUCAACACAUACACCGACUCUAGUCUUACAAGUGUUAAGAGUGCGAAGAGUUCCUCUAAUUUAUCGUUCAAUUGAAUCAGUUUUUGACAAAUUUCGAGACCAAAAGGACAGCGGAUUCCUGACUCUAACGCACAUAUAUUUACUCAUUGGUUGUUCUCUUCCUCUAUGGAUUAGCCCUUCAAAUGGUAUAUCCAUUGCAAGCGGUGUUAUAAGUGUUGGUUUGGGCGAUACGGCGGCUGCUGUCGGAGGCUCUCUAUUCGGUAGAAACCGUUGGAGGGGUUCUCAUAAGACAUAUGAGGGAACUUUCUUUGCAUUUAUUGCUCAACUAAUGAGUUCUUUAUUUUUGGUUUGGGCGAUACGGCGGCUGCUGUCGGAGGCUCUCUAUUUGGUAGAAACCGUUGGAGGGGUUCUCAUAAGACAUAUGAGGGAACUUUCUUUGCAUUUAUUGCUCAACUAA